AUGAAUACUAAUUAUAGCAUUUGGCCUGUAGUUUUGGUUCCAUAUAACCUUACUCCUUGGUUGUGUGUGAAGCAACCAAAUUUUAUCCUCUCAAUGAUCAUUCCAGGUCCACGUACAGCAGGGAAUAAUAUAGAUGUAUACUUACAACCCCUUAUUAAUGAGUUGAAUGAGUUGUGGAGUGAAGGUGUGGACAUUUUUGAUUCAUCAAAGGAUGAAAUGUUUAGAAUGAGAACAGCUCUUAUGUGGACAGUUAGCGACUUUCCUGGACUUGAUAUCUUAUCUGGUUGGAAUACACAUACUGGUCUUGCAUGCCCCUCUUGUAAUUUUGAUGUAGAACCUUGUCGACUUCGUCAUAGUAGAAAGUGGUGUUUUAUUGGCCAUCAUCGGUUUUUGGGAAGAAAUCAUAAAUUUAGAAUGAUGAGACAUCGUUUUGAUGGAAAUGUUGAAGAGAGGACCCCUCCAAAGAAGUUAUCAGGAUCAGACAUUUUGCAACAAGUGAAAGAUAUCAAUGUCAUAUUUGGAAGACAAGCAGAAUUGAAUGAUAAAAGGAAAAUAAAUAGGAAAAAGAGUGUUGGAGAAGGUGUAACUCAACAAUGGAGAAAAAAAAGCAUAUUUUUUGAUCUUCCAUAUUGGGAGUUUAACUCAUUGCGCCAUAAUUUAGAUGUUAUGCAUAUUGAAAAGAAUGUGUUUGAUAAUAUUAUAUACUCUUUGCUAAAUGAUAAAGAAAAAUCAAAGGAUCAUGUGAAGGCUCGAAGAGAUCUACAAGAUAUGGGUAUAAGGAGUGAUCUUUGGCCGGAUGAGAAUGAUGAAUAUCGGCUUGGUGCAUUUACAAUUCCAAAGGAGAAGAAACUGGCCUUCCUAAAGACUUUAAAGAAUAUCUCAGUGCCGGAUGGUUAUUCAAGUAAUAUAUCUCGUUGUAUUUAUUUGGAUAAAAAAAGGAUCUUUGGAUUAAAAAGUCAUGAUUGUCACAUCCUUAUGGAACAAUUGUUACCAAUAGCAAUCCGCAAUGUGCUUCCAAACCAGGUUGUUGCAACGUUGGUAGAGCUUUCCUCCUUUUUUAGGCAUCUUUGUCUGAAAAGCUUAAGCCUCUCAGACCUAGAAAAGCUACAAAAUCGGAUUGUGGAAACUCUUUGCCAUCUAGAGAUGUUAUUCCCUCCAUCAUUUUUUACUGUAAUGGUUCAUCUAACUGUUCAUCUAGUGGAUGAAGUAAUACAAGGUGGCCCAGUACAUUAUCGGUGGAUGUAUUUUGUUGAAAGAUUAUUAGGUCAUUUCAAGUCCCUUGUAGGAAACAAAUCACAACCAGAAGGUUCUAUAGCUGAAGGUUACAUAGUUGAAGAAGCUCUAACUCUUUAUUCUCGUUAUUUUGAGGGAAUUGAGUCAAGGUUAAAUCGACCUAAACGUGUAAAUGAUGAACCAAAUCAUAAUGAGGCUUCAGAAGUGUCAACUAUGUUCCCUCAACAAGGUAAACCCAUUGGAGGCUCCACAAUAGAACCAUUGACUCUUUUGGAGAAAACUCAAGCUCAUCGAUGUGUGUUACUUAAUUGCGCAGCAGUAAAGCCAUUUAUUGAUGAAUUUAGACAUCACAUCAGAAGAAGUAGAGGUCGAAGACUUUCCCCAACAGAGAUAAAGAGGAGAGUUAGUAAAGAGUUCCCUGAUUGGUUUCCUAAGCGAAUUAUGAAUCCAGAUAUAGCAGACACUAUCUCUGAUGAUAUCAAGUUCUUAGCACAAGGUCCAACACAAGAUGCAAGAAGAUUCAGUGCUUAUAACAUUAACGGAUUCAAAUUUCGGACUUUGUCUAGAGAACAAGGAUUAAAAACUCAAAAUAGUGGAGUCUUUCUUGUCUCUGACACUUCGUGUGUUGCAUCUAGUGCAGAUAAAAAUGCAAGACAAGCAGACCUACCAUAUUAUGGGAAGUUGGAAGAUAUUAUUGAGCUUAAUUAUUAUGGUCGGUUCAAGAUUGUUCUCUUUAAAUGCCAGUGGGCUGACACUACUCGAAACAGAGGGUUCAAAAUAGAUGUUUGGAAGUUUAAUUGUGUCAACUUCUCUAAAUUGAUCCACACUGGUGAUCGUGAGGAUGAUGAUCCAUAUAUUGAAGCAUCACAAGCAAAUAUGGUCUACUAUGUUGAUGAUGAAAUUGAUAAAGGAUGGAGUGUGGCUGUACAUUUAAAGCCAAGAGAUUUGUUUGAUAUGGGAGAGGUUGAUGAAGAAGAAAUAUACGAGAAUGAGCCAUACCGACAACAAGAAUUUGGACAAUUUUUUGAUGUUGAUUACGAGAAUAUCCAAAUUGCAAUAGAGGAGCAUAUGACUGAAUAG